CAACAACAUGGCAGACAGGUCAAAUUUUGCUGGAGCUCGGCUCGAUUAUCGAACUUAGUGGAGAUGCCUGUAUGUUGUGGGAUUCAUACCUAACAGAUUGUGCCAAUAAGUGUGGUGAUAGAGAUGUGAAGAUUCAGGAUACAGUAUACACGAGUUUAGAUUAAAAUACUCUAAGUGCCAAACCAGCGACAAAAUGCCAUUCUUUAGUCGAAAGAAGAAGAAAAAGCCAGAGCCUCCUCCAAGAGCCAAUUCCACUCGUUUAUCAGCUGAAAAUGUAUAUGUGACAUUGCCGACCUCACACACUCAGGGAACUACAGUGUCAGUCGAUGUAAAUUCUGGUACUGGUAGAUCACAAAGUGUUUAUAGUAAUAGCUCCACAGAAGGUAGCGCCAGUAAUACCAGCUCAAAUGUUCCAACGGCUGGUGUUCAGCGAAGAACAUCAUCUAAGAAAAAAGCUGCACCCCCACCACCACCAAGAACAUCAAGUGCUAAGUCUAGCAAUGAAAAUCUGUCUUCCGCUGAUGUGAAUUCUGUUCUUCAAACGCUUAUCAAUGGCCGAAGUGUUGUAAAUGGACAUUAUCAAGGUGCCGGAGAGGAUGAUAGAGACAAUGUAUUCUGUGGCUGGCAAGUCACCCCUCCUGAGGAAUGGAAUGAUCAUGAUGUUAUGGAGUGGUUGCAGUCUGUCGGACUCUACUAUUUUGUAGACAUCUUUGAAGGAUGUGGCAUUGAUGGCGACUACCUCAUGCAGGUCACAGAGCAAGAUCUCAUUGAACUUGACAUUGAAGAUGUUGAUAUGAGAGCUAGCUUAAUAAGAAGAGUUGAAGAAUUGAAGAGAAGACCCAAAUCUCCGUCCAUGCUGAAACUUCAGCAACACUCCAUCAAGAGGCACAAUCUAGAGGACGAACUGAACACCAGAGUUACUGGAGAACUCGAAAAACUCCUGAAACUGCAAGAGGAUCAAGAAAGUAGAAUUGAUGCUGACAUUGCCAGGUUGAAAGAGGAGCAAAAGUUGGCAGAUGAACUGAUAUCCAACAACCAAAAAACUAUGCAAGAAAAUAAGUCUGAAGUCCGGCCGUCAUUGAUGGAUACGAGUUCACAGAGCAAUAGCUUAGAGCGACGACAUGGUAGCAUUAUUUCACCUCCCGAUACGUUUAUCAGCGAUGAUCCUCUACAGUAUUUUGGCAAACCUGUUGACGAGUGGACAGAAGAGGAAGUGCUAAUUUGGCUAGAUUGUGUUUUACUUAGUCGACAUAAAGACUCCUUCCAAGCUAUGAAUAUUACAGGCAAACACCUGGCUGAAAUUGAUCCACAGCUACUUGGGAAUAUGAAUAUCACGUCAGCAAAAGAACGAGAAGUCGUACUGUCCAAAAUAUAUGAAUUACUUAAUCCUUCAGCCAAUCACGAUGAAGACCAGUUAUUAAAUGAUGCUAACAAGGCGACUGGGUAUGAGAGAGAAAAGUAUAUGGCAGCAGUCACAGCACUGAAAUCUGACGUGCAUGUGCAAUUACCACCGCAAGAUAGCAGUACAAACAUAACUGAGAAUAAAGUGAUAGGAAGAAACGAGAACGUAGACCACAAAAAGAAGUCUUCUUCUGGGUUAUCCAAACUCAAAGGAGUGAUAUCAUCUAAAAAGAAAGACACCAACAUUAUACAGAUGUGGAGUGACCUCUCACAGCAAGGUAAGCACCGCUGCGAUACAUUUCAAGCCACCGAUUCAUUGACAUCUGAGGAACUAAUCCAGACCUAUUUAGAGAAUCAUAACAUGGUUGAGGACCACCGGCUCUAUCGCAUCGCUGAGGUACCACUAGAAAUUGAUGAUUCUGACGAAUCAGUUCCAGAAAGAGAACUCAGAGCAAACGAGAAUCCAUUAAAGAUCCAACACAACUGGCCAGACAUGUCGUCAUUUAGGUUUGAACUGAAGAAAAAACAUGGAAGUCAAAUUAAGGUCAUGGACCGCAUCACUGGUCACAAAGCCAAGGGCAAACUGAUGACGAUAUCCCAGUCAACGCCUUGUUAUAAAGUCCUACAACUAGCUCUUCAUAAAUUUGACAUGAAGCAUGUUGACACAAGCCUAUUUUGUCUUCUAGAGUUGGAUGACGAUGGAGAUAUACGACUGGUACAAGAUAUGGAGAUCCCGGCCCAGCUGCCGUCAAAUCGAUUCAUACUGUGCGAUAAAGCCAACAUGGAAAACCAAAUGGCAAUCACAGAAAAUAUCGAUGAGUAUGACCAUGGAAUUGUCCGUAGACAUUCAUCGUCAAACUCACUGAAUUCAUCAGGUAUGGCGUCUAUCGAAUAUGAGCUGUCCCAGGACUCUGAGGAGUCCAAUCAAGCUGCAGCCACUCAGAAGUCGUCCAGAGACGCCCAGAAAGAAGAACUUCAACUCAAAGUUGUAGAGCUUGAAAUGCAGUUAUUAAAACUGGAAGAUAAUCUGAAGACAGGUGCUAAUCAGCUCUCGUCUGUCAAGAAAGAAAACCAGAAGCAGAAAGCAAAGGAGAAAAAGUUCAUGGUACUGCAGAAAACAGUUAGCAAGUUAUUAGAUAGUUAUAAGAAGGAACAGUCGGUGAUUAAGAAAAAACUGACGGAUCAAAGCAGGAAAAGAGAGGACGUACUGCCGCUUGCCAUUGCUGACCUGAAAGCCAGUUUAGAGCGUACAACUCUGGAUAUACAAACCAAAGAAAAACAGAUACAGAAACUAAAACAAGAACAACAGGAUGUGAAUGAGCAGGGAAUGAGAAACAUUGAUGUCAUUGAACUGCUUGAGUUGGAAUACAAAGUUGCUUUAUCGGAAUGUUCAUUGUUACAUUUACAACAUAAGCAUGUGACGCAGUACGCAGAAUUUGAACUCGCUAAAACCGAGCAUUUAUUGCUGCAGGAGAAGAAGAAACAAGAAACCCGGGCAAAACAAAAACAACAUUCAGUUUCCAUGCAGUCUGUGCUUCCUUUACAAGAACCCUGUUUCAUCAUCGCUAUGGAGAUCAUCCCUGGUCACCAUGGAUACGACUUUGUUAUCUCAUCCAGUGAUUAUGAGGAGGACGGUGUGUAUGUUACAUCAUGUGAAUUAACCAGUCAACUGAGAGAAGGGGACAGAAUAGUGGAGGUGAAUGGUGUAAAUGUCUGUGAAGCAACAGAUGCUGAAGUCAAUACGAUGCUGAACAGCAAGAUGUCUUCCAUUAUCGUGGUACUGAGACUGGAACAGAAACACCCAAUAAGGGACGAUGAGUUGAAGUCUGUGAAGGACGACCUCUCGCUGGUCAGAGAAGAACUACUGAACGAAAAACAGAAACGUUGCGCCCUAGAAACAAACGUCACAAGAUUGAAGAGUUUGGAAACCACAGCGAGGAGAGCUGAGUUCGCAGAGAAGAAAGUACACCACCUCAGUGUAGUGUUGAGUGAUUCUCAGUAUCGUUGUGAAGAGUUAGAAAAUAAAGUUGAUGAGUUUGAGAAGACAAAGUCAGUCGUCACAGACACUGAGAAGACUCUAGAUCACUUACAACAACAGAAUCACAGAUCAGAGAUGGAAAUCAAUAAAUUACGUGGUGCUUUAUCUGAGAGUGCUCACAGAAUAGCCAAAUUGGAAGACAUAUGCAAACAUAAGGAUGAAGCUCUAAGUCGUGUGAUUGAUGAACGGGAUGAUGUUGCUAAGCAACUCAAAGAUUUUAAAAGUAAAAAGAGCAACUCAUCUUCAUUGUAUAUUGGUGAUGAUUUGCCAAUCUGGGAAGUUUUGAAACCCGCCAAAAAGUCUGAAAUAUUGGAGGUGUUAAGAGAGAAUAUGGAAGAAAGUUAUCGACAAAAGCAGUAUUUAGAUCAGCUCUAUGCCUUGGUGUUGGAAGAAGCUCCAUUGCUACUGGAACAGAUGGACCAAGUGUUUGAUGAAGAGGACCUAUCUGGUGAUGAGGAGUUCUGCUGAUGUCAGUAUCAAGUGUAGGAUGCAAUGAUUAAUACCAUCAUCAUAUCUACUAAUAUCUGCUGUGCUGCCCUCACUGUGUUAUAAUAACAGAGUGCAGGAUUGUAUUUAGUUACUUGAUUGAAUUUAUGUGGAAUAAUUAACCCCUACUAUAGAUCAUUUCUACUGCUAACGGACAGACAAAAAACGAACACCAUUACUACGGACUGAGUCGUCGAUUAUCAGUAUUAUAUGACUAGACAUUUUUUUUCUAAUACAUCAGCAUUACCACACAAGUUUCAACUUAACCAGUACUCCCUCAUUUCCAAUACUGCCCUCUCCUCUCCAAUACUGUCCCCUUCUCUCCAAUACUACCCCCUUCUCUCCAAUACUGCCCCCUCAUUUCCAAUACUGCCCCUACUCUACAAUACUGCCCCCACCUCUCCAAUACUGCCCCCUACUCUACAAUACUGCCCCCUCCUCUCCAAUACUGCCCCCUACUCUACAAUACUUCCCCUCCUCUCCAAUACUGCCCCCUCCUCUCCAAUACUGCCCCUACUUUCCAAAACUCCCCCUUCUCUCCAAAACUGCCCCCUUAUUUCCAAUACUGCCCCUCCUCUCCAAUACUGCCCCUCCACUCCAAUACUGCCCCUCCCAAAUACUGUUUAUCCGUUGUUGUGUUUAAGAUCGUCAUCAUCUACGCAUUAAAGAUGGUUUUCCCAUAACAUAUUUAUUUGCAAUAUAACUAAUAUACUAAUUAUGUACUAUGUUACUCACUGUAGUAAUUUUUUAAAGUUUCAUUAUCAAAAUAUGCUAUUUUAUGUAUUUAAACAAAUUUUAAUGUCUUUUUUUUAACCAAAUAAUUAUUAUAAUUUUACUAAUGUAAAUUAAUUUGUUACCAAUUUUUUAAUGUUUGACACAAAAUUAUAUUAUUCAUUCAAUGAAGGGGCCAAUUUUAUCUCUAUGCAUAUUUAUUCAGAUUACAGGGCCAUUAAAAAAAACAAGGACACCAAUGAUUAACUGUUUCAAAAGUGCCAAUGUUGCCAAUCAUUAUUAGUUUCCAUGCCAACCAUGUCAGGGUAAAAUAAUUGUCAAAGUGUAAUAUUUUGGGUCUAGUCAACUGUUGUCACUUUUCACAAAAGAAACCAGCAUUUUGUUUUUUAACAAUUUUUAAUAAAAGUGUUG